CGUGACCGACAUGAAGAAUCAAAUUGUAUAAAUACAAACAUGAAGUCUGCCAAAAAAAAAUCUAUAUCAUCCAACCACCACUUUCCCAGCAUUUCCUCAAUCCUCCUCCAAACAUCAUUCACUUCUAUCAACAAACACAAAACUCAAUACCAUCAAAAUGUACGCCACCAGCCUCUCCGCUCUCGCUCUGCUCGCGUCCACCUGCACCUCUGCUCUAGCCACGCCCCUCGAGGCCCGCGACGCCACUUCCAACGUCCGCAUGUUUGCCGGCGACACCUGCAACGGAGCCACCAACUCAUUCUCUGUGUCCGGCUCUGGCUCCUACCGCUGUGUUCCUGUGCCCGCGGCUCGACGCUCCAUCUCCGUGACCGGAAGGUACGUAUCAUGAUCCGCAAAGCGGUACCCCUAGGUUUUGCUGCAACGGCUAACCGACAUAUCUGCGCAAAGUGGUUGCGCGACCGUCACUUGGAGCGGUACCAACUGCCAAGGAAAUUCCUUCAAGCUUCC